UCAUAUCUCCCACAAUGCCCAGCGUUGACUGCGCCAUUUUCGAUGCGGAUUUGACAGAGUGAAGUUGAAGAAGUGGCACCUGAAAAUCCACCAUCAUCUUCAACUUAGCGCCUUUGAAGAACAAGCACCAUCAUGUCGGAAAGUGGGCCGUAUUUAGGGAGUAAAAUUAGCCUCAUUUCGCAAGCUAGAAUUCGAUAUGAGGGUCUUUUGCAUUCCAUUAAUCCUGAGGAAUCCACGGUGACUUUAGCAGAAGUGAGAUCCUUUGGUACAGAGGGUCGAGAUGCACUCAGACAUGUGCCUCCAGGAGAUGAAAUCUACAGCCUUAUCAUAUUCAAGGCGGGGGACAUCAAAGACCUCCAUGUCUGUGAACUGCCCAAACAAUGUAGCCACAUUGCCCAGGACCCCGCUGUACUACAGGUACAUUCAGGGUCCGUCCGAAGCUCUUCCUCUGGGUUCCAACAACAAGGGCCUCCAUUCAGCGGCACCCAGGGACAGUACGGCAACUACAGCGGCAUGUCUUACAAUCAGUUUGGCCAUGUUGGCAGUGGGGUGAUGCCUGGUCAGAUGUGGGGACAGGCAAGUCACCCACCACCAGGCUUAGGUCGUGCCACACCGCCACCCAUGACCCGCCGCUCCCCAACAAUGGAACAAGGUGUGCAGGCCUCAGGCCCUGUCAGCCCCCAGAAGGACUCCAAGGCCCCGGCCAAGCCCCCUGCCCCCGCCGCCGAGAAAUCCCAGACCCAGAGGCCCAACAAGGAGGACCAGGGACUGCCCCAGCGAACGCAACAGCCGCGCCGCCGGGGCUCCCGGGAGGAGAAGGCUGGCCAGCGCAAGGAGGUCCCGAGACAGGAGAACAAGGAGAGGAAGACGGCGCCGGACAGCAACAGGGACGGCAGAGGGGAACACCCAGAGAGAGGGGAGCGACAGGAGCGAGGAGACAGAGGCGAUAGAGACAAGGGAGGACGAGGCUCACAACAGGGUUCCAGACAACAGAACUGGCAAGGAUUUCAAAACAGACGGGGUAGAGGUCGCGGCCCCCGCUCACCUGUAGUCAAGGAGAAAGUGGGCAACGACUUUGACUUCACGGCAGCUCAGUUCGACAAGAACACCUUGGUGGAAGAGUUCAAAGAGAAGUUAAAGAUCGAUGGAUCUACGGUAAACGGAGAUGUCGUGAAAGGGACCGAGGAUUCCGGCAAUGAAACACAGCCAAGUGACGCCCCUGAAGAGGAGGAAGCCGUCUACUAUGAUUCAAACAAGUCCUUCUUUGACAACAUUUCAUGUGACUCGGUCAACAGGGGGCAACGCCCCAACUGGAAGGAAGAACGUAAGAUGAACUGCGAGACAUUUGGCAUUGCGUACGCCCGCAACCGUGGCCGUGGGGGUUAUCGCGGUGGUUACUACCGCGGUGGUUACCGGGGCAGCAACUACCAGGGAGGGCGUGGCCAGGGGAGAGGCGGCGGGCGCUCCUAUCGGAGCAACCGUAGUCGGGGUGGAUGGAAAUCACAAGGCUGGAACGAUUACCCCCUCGAUAGCCAGCAAAAAGCUGAGACUGUAACAGUGAAGACGGAGAAAACCGCCGAGGCCACAGCAUAGAGAUAUCCAGCCAAGUAAACGUAGCGAGUAAAUACCAAAGGACAUGAUGGAGGCACACCACCAGCCCAGGAAUGUGAGCCUUUAAUCCUAAUGUGUGACAUUUUGGGUUUUUUUCUUUCUUCUUUUCUUUGUUUUGUUGAUGUAUUUAUUGCCAGGCCUCGAACGUAAGGCGGGCCGUGUUAUGUACAAAAUACCUGGUGCUGUACAGUUGAGACUAGGCGAGGCAGUGUGAGUGUACCAUCUAUGCUGUGUAGUUGGCCGGUAUAAAAACUCAGAGAAAUUGGGACGGUGAUUUUUGAUGCCUUAUGGUAGUGUUCUUUCUUAUAUGGAAGUAAAUGAAUUACUUUGUACGGAAUAGAAGAAAAGGUUGAUAAAGAAAAGUAUCGUAUACUUAAUUUUAUAAAAUGUUUAAUGGAAAAAUAGAAAAGCUGAAAUAGAUGUUCAUCGCAGCAGCAGAACCACUAAUUUCUUGAUUGGCGCUUAUCAUUUCUACAUGAAUUUCUACAUGAAGCAGCAAUAAGUUAAUUUGCAAUUUAUUGGCCAUUCAGAAAGUUGAAUCAAGGUAGAUGCCUGUACACUCAAGUCUGACGAGCUGGUCGCUACAUUGUUGAUACCCGUUGAUCUCUGCUUUAUUGCAUACCUCGGUUGAUGCAGUCAAAUAAAACUUGCCACUUGAAUUUGAUCAGUUUUACAUCAGGAUUGGCUAGUAGCUACAUGUAGUUUGUGGACACUGUUCAACUAGUAGAACUGUCAAGUAAAAUUCUUCUCACGUGGGAGCCGUUCUUCCGAUAUUAUAGUGAGUUGUGCAUCUUUUCAGUGAAAAAGAGUGGUGUGUCACAGUGGCACUCGAGCAUGCACUAAGAGCGGUGUUCACCACCAAGUGUUGUAUCGAAUACAAGAAACAGUCAUUUUAGAGACCUGGUCUUCAGCGUUUGACAUUUCAGAAUCUGUUUCAUGCUGUUAGGCUGCAGGUUUCUAGGGAGAACGGUCUAGAAGGGUUGUGCUGUAUAUCCAAUACUCUUUACAAAUAUUGUAACAAUUAUACUUAUGAUAACUUGCUCAGAUUUUGCCAACUAUUGGUUUUCUAAGUUGUUUCUCAAUUCUGCUUCCAAUGUUAACUUUGGAAUCGAGGGUAAUUUAAAAAUAGCUGAUCAUUAAUAAACAAAAAUUGCUUCAGAAAACUUCUUGUAAAGAAAAAGGACAGUGAAGCAAAACUGAUAUCAGAUAUGAGGAAUUGAAAGAAGGUUUAGGCAUUAAAAAGAUACUUUUAUCCAAGAUGUCGAACAAAAAAAAAAGCCUUAUCCAGUGAAUUAACUUUGACCUCAUAAACCAGAAUAAGCUGUGUGUAUUUCUUUCAUUUACAUUCAUGUAUAUUAUAAACUCCUUUGGUUAUAUUUGGCUGUGCCAAAUAAAUAUAAGUUUCGGUACUGUAUACAUGUAAUAUAAAGGUAUAGAAGUUUACGCGAGAGAAGUCAUGGUUCCUAAAAGUUGAGUCAGCCCUGUUGAGCUUUUUUUGUUUAUUAUUUCAGUGGGCUUUAGAAAUUUGACCUGCUACACCAAAAAUAGAAAAUGUCUGGAAAAAGAACUUGAAAAUUGUGUAAAUUGAAAAAAAAUAUGGAAAGUUAAAACGUUGCUGUGUGUGCGCCCUGAUGUUAUUGGCCAGAUGAUAGCCGUUAAAUUAUAUUUUCAUUGUUUUGGUUUUUGUUUCGAUCCUAAAGUUAUGUUUGUGGAUCAGUAAAAAUUUUGAGAGGAAAAUUUUUUUUUUCUUUUUGUAUUUAUGUGACUUGAAUAAUUGAACGUUUCAAUAUACCUCAGUGGUUGUUUUGUUCUGUGUCCUCCAAAAUUGAAAUGAAAACUAUGAAUUUUGCUUUAAGAUGAACACAUUAGAAAGUUAUCUUGGUGCCUGAAGUCGUUUUCUCACGUGAGAAAAGCGAAUAAUUUGAGGAGAAAUGUGAGGUUUGGUGUUACAAUAGGGUUUCACCAUAAAUACAAAAGCGACCUCACUCUUUGUGGGGGAGUGCACAUCAUUGUGCCGUAUGUUAUGUUGGGUGUACUUGUACAUAAUUUAAUAUUUUCUUAUUGGCCAACAAAAGAAAUUGAUGAAAUGUGAGUAUAAUUGUUCAAAGAAAUUGAGGAAAAUUAGUAACACUGAACGGUAUGACUGGGUCAAAUGUUGAUUUGAAAUACUGUCUGUGUAUUCCAAGGAUCUAUCUUUUUUCCAGAAAAUGCUUGGGUUUUGGCCUUUUUGCUUGUAAGUUUAUUGCAGGUGGUUUCAAAGGUUUGAUUAAUAGAUGAUUUAUGUGCCCUCCGCAGUAAAGAAGCUGCACGAGAAAAGUUAUUUCAUAUUACUUGUAAUUUAAAUAAUUUUUCAUAUUAAACAUGAAAUUGACUUUUGUCCCCCUUGAAACGGCAUGCCGGCAAGUUGACGGUAUCGGCUACGGUUUAAAAGAGUAACGCUUUUUCAUCGUGUCUUGCAGAUUUUUCUCAGGUAUCUUGAAGACCGCUUGAAACUGUUGCUAUGCA